AUGGUACUGCAGGACAAAGCGAACAUCAAGGGCGACGUCUUUUUCACUCAGGAAAAAGAAGGAGGAGUGACCGAAGUUGAAGGUCAAAUAGAGGGUUUGAAACCUGGAAAGCAUGGUUUUCACAUCCAUCAGUAUGGUGAUCUUACGCAGGGAUGUGUUUCUGCAGGACCUCAUUUCAACCCAUUCAAUAAAACACAUGGGGGCCCUGAGGAUGCAACUCGCCACGUGGGUGAUCUUGGUAAUGUAGAAGCAAACGCUGAUGGUGUGGCAAAAUUCAAAAUGUCUAGUGACCUGAUCCAGCUGAGUGGCGUGACUUCCGUUGUUGGUCGAUCCGUCGUCGUUCAUGAGAAUGAAGAUGAUCUUGGUCGAGGAGUUGGGGACAAAAAAGAGGAAAGUUUAAAAACCGGUAAUGCAGGCGGAAGGCUCGCAUGUUCAGUUAUUGGUCUGAUGGCUCCAAAAUAA